UGUCCCUUUUUCUCUCUUCAAAUACAUACAUAACUCUCUCCUAAUUAACCCCCUUUAACAUUUCUUCUUCUUCUUCUCUCUCUCGAAAUUUUUCAUGGCCGGAGGUGGCGCCGGAAGGUCCUUGGAAGAGACGCCGACAUGGGCCGUCGCCGCCGUCUGCUUUGUUUUGGUUCUGAUUUCUAUUAUCAUCGAACACAUUCUCCAUCUCAUCGGAAAGUGGCUAAAGAAGAAACACAAACGAGCUCUUUACGAAGCUCUAGAGAAGAUCAAAUCAGAACUGAUGCUGUUGGGAUUCAUAUCGCUGCUGCUGACGGUGGGACAAAGCCUAAUCACAAAUGUUUGUAUACCACCAGACGUGGCAGCCACGUGGCAUCCAUGUAGUCCUCAAAGAGAAGAGGAAUUAACUAAAGAAGCCGACCUGGUCGAUUCCGACCACAAUCGUCGGAAACUUCUCGCGACGGUCUCCCAUCAUGUCAACGCCACCUUCCGCCGUUCCCUCGCGGCUGCCGGUGGUACCGACAAAUGUGCUGCCAAGGGUAAAGUUCCAUUUGUAUCGGAAGGGGGUAUUCAUCAGCUACAUAUAUUCAUCUUCGUAUUGGCCGUUUUCCAUGUUUUGUAUUGUGUUCUAACUUUAGCUCUGGGCAAUGCCAAGAUGAGAAGUUGGAAGUCAUGGGAGAAAGAGACUAGAACAGUGGAGUACCAAUUCUCACACGAUCCGGAACGGUUUCGAUUUGCAAGAGACACGUCGUUUGGGAGAAGACAUUUAAGCUUUUGGACAAAAUCCCCUUUCCUCAUAUGGAUUGUUUGUUUCUUCAGACAAUUCGUUAGGUCGGUUCCAAAGGUUGAUUACUUGACCUUAAGACAUGGUUUCGUCAUGGCACAUCUGGCACCCCACAGCGAUCAGAAAUUUGACUUUCAAAAAUACAUAAAACGAUCUCUUGAAGAAGAUUUCAAGGUGGUGGUCAGCAUCAGCCCUCCGAUAUGGUUCUUUGCUGUCCUCUUCCUACUUUUCAACACCAACGGGUGGAGGGCUUAUCUAUGGCUACCCUUUGUUCCAUUAAUUAUAGUGUUAUUGGUGGGGACAAAGUUGCAAGUGAUAAUAACGAAGAUGGCGCUGAGGAUACAAGAAAGAGGAGAAGUGGUGAAAGGAGUACCGGUGGUAGAGCCGGGGGAUGACCUCUUUUGGUUCAAUCGCCCUCGUCUUAUUCUUUACCUUAUCAAUUUUGUCCUCUUCCAGAAUGCUUUUCAGCUUGCCUUUUUUGCUUGGACUUGGAAAGAGUUUGGGAUGAAAUCUUGUUUCCAUGAACACACCGAGGAUUUGGUCAUCAGAAUAACGAUGGGAGUCCUCGUUCAAAUCCUUUGCAGUUACGUCACAUUGCCACUCUAUGCUCUAGUCACACAGAUGGGUUCGACGAUGAAGCCUACGAUUUUCAAUGAAAGAGUAGCGACGGCAUUGAGAAAUUGGCACCACACGGCUCGUAAACACAUAAAACAAAAUCGCGGCUCAAUGACGCCGAUGUCGAGCCGUCCUGCCACCCCCUCUCACCACUUGUCACCGGUCCACCUUCUUCGCCACUAUCGAAGCGAAUUAGACAGCGUCCAUACGUCUCCUAGAAGAUCCAAUUUCGACACCGAUCAAUGGGACCCUGAUUCCCCUUCCCCUUCCCACCACUUCCACCGUCGUCCCCAUCCUGGCGACGGCUCCAUUUCCAACCAUCACCGCGACGUGGAGGCCGGUGAUCUUGAUGCCGAUGUUGAUUCGCCUCAACCCGAUCGGACGACUCAAUCGAUGAACCCAAUAAAUAUUGAGCAACACCAAAUUGACGUGGGGUCUAAUGAAUUCUCAUUCGAUAGAAGAGUUGAUAGACUAUGAGGCUAAUUUAACUUUUUUUUUAAUUGUUGUUAUUGGGGUGAGAUUCAAUCUUGACCGUCAAUGAUUGGAGUUAUUCUUUUUGAAAUGAUGCAAUUUUUUGUUGUUGCAUUGUUUUGUAAAUUAUUAUCACAUCAUUUGGGGUGAGGUUGGGGUUUUGGUAUACUUAAAAGAGGAAAGAUAUAGAAAUAGAGCUUUUUUUUUCUUUGUGUAUUUAUACACUUUAUUGUUGGUUGAUGUAAAUGAAAGAGACAUUUUUAGUUUU